GAGUUUGAGCUGAUAAAGAAUUCUGUCUUUCUGAUACCUGCAGUUCCACCAGGGAGUUCACUCUGCUUGAUAUCGUGUCCCACACUGCUCGUAGUGGCCCGUCCCUGCCAUGGCCCUCCUGGCUCACACCCUGGCACUGCUGGCAAUGACCGUGGCCAUGGUGGCCAUCAAGGUGGUGCCCCUGGACAUGGCCUGGGAUUCCUUCGAUGACCAGUACCGGGGCUGCGGCCCGGCCAUGAACGCGGGGUUGCUGGACCUCUACAACUUUGAGUACCAGAACAACUCUCAGUUUGCCUGGAGCUGGUUUCAUGCUGAAGCUGAGUGGCGCAAACGGGGCUCUCCUGUGUCCCCUCUGGCGUCCUCAUGGCAGGCCAUUGCUCUCCUGGCCUACACGUCACAGGACGUGUACAAGGAGUUCAACGAGGCUGUGCGCACGGCUGGGCGAUCCCGCCAGGAAUGCCGGGACAACUUCCACUUCAAAACGCUGCAUUUCCUGCUGACCCAGGCACUGCAGACACUGAGGCAUGCUCAGAAAGCGAAGUGUCAGCACGUGUUCCGGGGCGUGCGUGACGUUCAUUUCCAGGCAUGGCAAGGCCAGAGGGUCCGGUUUGGUCAAUUCACAUCAACGUCACUGAGCAAAGAGAAUGCUCUGCGAUUUGGCACAACUACCAUUUUUGAAGUGCACACAUGCCAUGGUGUGGACAUCCAGCAGUUCUCCAUGUAUCCAGGGGAGGAGGAGGUGCUGAUCCCUCCAUAUGAGACCUUUGAGGUCACCCAAGUCAUCUGGGAUGGGAAGAGGAUGUGGAUCAGGCUCCGCUCUGAGGGGACCUUCAGCAAAUACAACUGCGCGUGGCAGUGAGAAGACAGCACAGGGGACAGCCUGGGCAAUGGGGACACCCAUGAUAAGGCACAGGGGACAAUGACACUCACUGGGCAUGGGGGACAGGAACACCCACUGUGUGUUUGUGGGGACAAGAACACCCAUGGCUGUGGAUACCAAGUCUGGGGACACCCAUUGUGGGCACAGAGACAGGAACAUCCAUGACAGGGCACAGGGAUGGGGAUCCCGACUUCUGUGAGGGGACAGGACAGGAACACCCCUGCCAGGGAAGGACAGAGACAGGGCUCCAUCUGUACUGAACUUCCCCAUCAAAGGCAGCGCUGUUGGGAUGAGCCCUGUGUGCUGGACAUCAGUGGGCUUGGACCCUACAUGGCACUCCCUGACACCCUGGCACGCCCCUGGCACCUGCUGGCUUGC